CGAAAAAUGAAGUCACAUCCCUCUCCAUGCGUGCUUUGGAGGGAAAAUAAUUGCUUUUUUCCUCAAAAUUAGUGCCUUAAUUAUCUAUUCAUUGUCUAAUGCUCUACUGCCAUUGCUGGAAGUUUGAAACACCAUUCAUGCCAUUCCUUCUUCACUCUCUUAAAGUAACCCUAGUCACCGCUAUACUCCAUUAGCUGUACAUUCUUGAUUUUCCGGCUCCGUCACCAACUCCGGCGUCCACCCCUCUACUCUUCCCUCCCUGUUCAAAGGGUAAAGUUAUUGUCCUGUUACAAAGUUGGAGAGGGAAGAGUUCAGCUUUUCUGUCAGAUCUGUUUAUGAGUUUUCAUUUGUUGGGUUAAAGUUGAGCUCUUUUUCUGGCUGAUCGAAUGAAGUUUAGCUGAAGCAAGUCUUAUUGUUUCUCUUCAAGAACUAGUAUCAAUGUCUUCAGAAAUGCGCCGCCGCAGCCUCGGCGGAAGUGGCGGCGGAGCUAGUGGAGGAGUAGGGAAUAGUUUUGAUCCGAGCAACUUGCAUUUGAAGAGGGAGCUAACCCAUAUCAAGAAAGCUGCCAAGGCGCUUAGAGAUCCCGGAACCACCUCUUCAUGGAGGUCGCCGCUCGGCUCCGCCAGAUCUACGGCGGCGGCGGGUGAUAUACUGAGCCACACCUCUAAACACCAUUACUCUCACCAUCACAAUAUCCCCGACGAUGCUUUCAAUAUCAAAGGAGCCCAAGAAGUCGCAUGUCCUAGUGAAACUACCCCACCUCCUACUUAUCCGAUCGAAAGAAACGGAAAUCCAGAUACCAACGGGAAGGAGAAGGAGAAGAAGGUGUUUUUGUAUAACUGGCGGUCACAAAAAUCAGAGAGUGAGAGGAGUAGAAGUAGAGUACAAAAAGGCAAGGGAAACGGAAAUUGUUCGACUUCUUCACAGGAAGAGAGCAUCGCUGAUAGCCUAAGUGAUGCAAGGCAUGGUGGAAAUGAUUCAAAGAGUGACACGUAUGUAGGUGACCGUAGGUAUGCUUCAAUCAUGCUGAAGUGUAAUAAAGAUACUAACUUUAUGCCAUCCAUCAGACGAAACAUCAAGAAGAAAUCGAAGAAAAACAAUUUCUCCACCGCCAUAUUGCAGAAAAAACAAAUGGCUUCUGCAAAUUUGGUUAAUGAUCAGUCUGAAGAUACAGAGGACUAUUCUAAUUCUAAUGCGGAGGAUUUCAGGAGGCUAACUGCAGCUUCACCUUUGCUUGCUAGGCUCAGGAACAAGAAGAAAUGGGCUUAUAAGUUGAGAAACAGUUGUAAACGAGAAGAUUCUUCUUAUUCUUAUAGUACCCCUGCAUUGUCUACCAGUUCUUACAACAGAUAUGGUGGACUUAGGAAUCCACCAAGUAGGGUAGGCUCAUGGGAUGGCACUACCCAAUCCUUCAAUGACGGUGACGAUGAGGUGGAGGGCCAGUUGGGUUUGCCUGGCAGGCACGGAUGUGGUAUUUCGUGCUGGUCCAUGUCCUCCAGAAGGUCUACACCAAAAUGCUAUUCACCUUCUCUUUCAGACACAUUGAGGAUGAAGAAAGGGAGCACCUUUUUAUGUGGGACUCGAACAAGAAAGCACAUCAAAAGGAGACAUGGUGGUUCCCAAGGUCUCAUCCCAUUGCUAACUAAUGGAGGGUCGUCUAUGGGUACGGCAAGUGGUGAUGAUGAUGAAGAUGAUGAGUUGUCCACAAACUUUGGAGAAAUUGAUUUGGAGGCAUUAAGUAGACUGGACGGGAGGAGUAGGCUAGACCUAAUGGCAUUUGACAGAGAAGAAGAAGAAGAGGAAGGAGAAGGUUCUCCUGAGAAUAUCAGAAGUUUUUGCCAGAAAUAUAGACCUACAUUUUUUGAAGAAUUGAUAGGUCAAAACAUAGUUGUCCAGUCCUUGAUGAACUCAGUUUCUAGAGGACGGAUUGCUCCAGUUUAUAUCCUCCAAGGCCCACGCGGGACUGGAAAGACUUCAACUGCAAGGAUUUUCGCUGCCGCUCUGAAUUGUGUUUCCACACAAGAAAUCAAGCCGUGUGGGGGUUGUAGGGAAUGUGCGGAUUUCAUCUCCAUGGGGAAGUGCAGGAAUCUUAAUGAAGUUGAUGGGACCAACAAGAAAGGCAUUGAUAAGCUCAAGUAUCUCUUGAAGACUUUAUCUUUAGCUCAACAAUCAAAUUCUUCUUCUUCUUCGGGGUAUAAGGUUUUCGUUAUUGAUGAAUGCCACUUACUGCCAUCAAAGACUUGGUUGGCAUUUUUGAAGUUUCUAGAAGAACCGCCGCCACAUGUUGUUUUUAUGUUCGUUACAACAGAUCUUGAGAAUGUGCCGCGUGCCAUAUUGUCACGCUGCCAGAAGUACAUCUUCAAUAAGAUUAGGGAUAGUGAUAUAGUGACCAGAUUGAAGAAGAUAGUCACUGGUGAAAAUUUGGAUGCAGAACCUGAAGCACUUGAGUUGAUCGCUUUGAAUGCGGAUGGGUCACUUCGUGAUGCAGAAACAAUGUUGGACCAACUCAGUCUGUUGGGGAAGCGGAUUACUACCUCCUUGGUUAAUGACCUGGUUGGGGUGGUUUCCGAUGAAAAACUACUGGAACUUUUGGAGUUAGCAAUUUCAUCUGACACGGCAGAAACAGUCAAGCGUGCCCGAGAGUUAUUGGAUAUGGGUGUGGAUCCAAUAGUAUUGAUGUCACAAUUAGCUGCCCUUAUCAUGGAUAUCAUUGCGGGAACUCUCCCCAGUAUUGAUGCAAAGCCAACUACUUCAUCAUCCCUUGUUGGAAAGAGUUUAUCUGAGAUGGAUGUGGACAGGCUGAGGUAUGCAUUGAAGCUACUGUCAGAAGCAGAAAAGCAACUACGGGUCUCCAGUGAACGCUCCACUUGGUUCACAGCGACCCUACUACAGCUAGGUUCUGCCCCUUCCCCAGAUCACCAAACUCAUACUCAUUCUGGUAGCAGCCGAAGGCAAAGCUCCAAAGCACCAACAGAAGAAGAAGAUCCUCUAAGGAAACAAAGGGGUGGACAUUUAAAGGCCAGUACUAGAAUCUCGGCAAGUAGUGAGGCAGGACCCUCUAAGGUAGCCCCUCAAACCAAAUCAGCAUUACCUGCUAGGUGUCUCAAUACAAAUGUGCUGGAUGACGUUUGGGUGAGAUGCAUUCAAAAGUGUCAUUCCAAUACUUUGAAGCAGCUUCUUCUAACCUGUGGGACCCUCAUCUCUAUUUCCGAAAUUGAAGGUGUUUUGGUUGCUCACGUUGCAUUUCGGGACAAUGUAAUAAAAACAAGAGUGGAGAGGUUUCUGAGCAGCAUAACAAAUUCGUUCGAAAAUGUUUUACGAAGAAACGUAGACGUGAGACUCAUUCUAUUACCAGAGGGAGAGGGGGAAACAGAAACUUCUGCUGCAGCUGCUGCUAACACUUCAAACCUAAUGACCUUGCUAGAUUCAAGUCCAAAGCACCCAGCAGAAGCAACAGUUCCAGCACAGAGAAUAGAAUCAAUUAUCCGUGAACAGAGACUAGAAACAGCCUGGUUACAGGCAAUGGAAAAAGGUGCUACUCCUGGUCCUUCUUCAUUGAGCCGACUUAAUAAACCGCCCGAGAGGAACCAGGUCUUACCCCAAGAUAAUCAUUCAGUGCACCCAAUGUCAACGACUUCCCUUGACGUAGAUGAACUGCAUGAAGAACUCAAGAAUUUGAGGAUCAGUGAUGAAAAGAAGGUUAAAACUACAAGAGACCUAAACACUAAAAGGGUCGACCAUUGUCCCAUUUCACCAAGUUUGUUGCAUGGCACCUCCGGCUAUGCAAGCAUUAAUAAUGGCAAGGACAACAUGGGAUAUGAAUCCGGAACAGGAGCAUAUGGUUGCAGUCAGCUUCUAUGUUGGAAUAACACCAAAGUUCAAAGGGGGAAGAAGAUGAAACAAGGAACCCCUGUCCGUCCAAGCAGAAGUAGGCGGCUUUCAUGGAUUGGGGAAUGUGCAAAAGGGCGCGGGCACAGACGAUGAGAUGAUUAGCAGAACAUGCAUGAGUUUCUGGUUCAGAUUUUUCUUAUGGUUCUAUCUAUCCUCUUUUCUUUUUGUAUAUUUAUUCCUUCCACUUGCAUUCCUAUUCUUUGAGCCUUCAGAGUUACUAAACAAUGAUUAUGUAAAUUUUUCCAACCUGAGCGGCAUCUGCCACUUGUUCAGAGCUAAGUUUCUGUGCAUUCAAUAAACGGUAGAGUUCAAGACUUGCGUGCAA